AUGAGCCAAAUAUUAGGAGACCGCACUUUGCAGGACAUCGAGAAUGAGCUCGACAUUUCGAUAUAUCCCGGCACCGAGGUGAUGGCGGAUGUUGGAUCCCACCAUUUCAUCAAAUCCAGCCAUAAUAAAGAAGCGGGGCGCGUACUCGUUCCCCAGCCUUCCGAUGACCCCCUCGAUCCUCUAAACUGGUCUUUGCUAUGGAAAUGGACGACUUUGCUUUGCGUGAGCUUCGUCUCCAUCAGUCAAAAUCUUGGUCCUCUUGCAAAUGCACCUCUAUUCGGACUGUAUAUGGAAGAGUGGAACAUUGAUUUGGCUGAUGCUGUUCAGACCACCGCUGUGGCAAUCUUGGUUCUCGGUUUUAGUAAUUUGGUGUGGAUUCCGAUUUCGACAUGCUUUGGCAGAAGGCCAGCCCUGAUUUUCAGCACCCUAGUGUGUACCGUCUCUUCAAUUUGGAGAGUGCGGGCGACCAGUUACAAGUCGUUUCUUGGAGCAUCUGCUCUCAACGGCUUUGGCGCUGGUCCUUGCGAAAGCAUGAUGCCGCAAAUAAUUGCCGACGUUAUCUUUCUUCACGACCGCGGCAAAUACCAGACACUAUACUUUACGAUCUACUUUGGGUCUCUUGCUAUUGGUCCCAUUAUAGCUGGCAGUAUGGCUGAACGGUUUGGGUGGAGGAGCUUCUGGUGGUUCAACACGGGCCUUCUCAUCUUCACUCUGUUUCUUAACAUCGGACUCCUUCCGGAAACGCGGUUUCCUCGAAAAUCACACGCUAAAACGAUUUCUGAACCUGCUGAGCCUGUUGACCUACCGGAGAUGAAGGGCAGUUCAGUUAUAGACCACUCAGAGAACGCUUCCAAUGGGCAACCUCAGGAUCAUUGGCUAUCGCGAGGGCAUCCAUCUCUAAAACAAUUCAGCCCUUGGGGCUCGUACCAGGGAAACAUCUUUCAAGAGUUAUGGCUCCCGUGGUACCUGCUUGCCUUUCCCAUCGUCGAAUUUGCUGCAUUUAUUGUUUCAUUUUCAGCAUCUGGCUUCCUACUGGCCAACUUGACGCAACAGCAAUUUUUUGGAGCGCCACCUUACAACUUUUCGAUUGAACAGGUCGGAUUUACCAACUUUGCGAUUUUUGUAGGCCAAAUGAUUGGCUUAUUCACAUCUGGUCCACUGUCAGACUGGGUUGCAAGUUAUUUUACCAAGCGCAACCGAGGUAUUAGAGAGCCCGAAAUGAGAUUAAUCACCAUGGUCCCUUACACCUUGAUCAUGAUCAUUGGCCUAGUUGUGGUUGGGGUAGGUUACAGUCGUUUAUGGUCAUGGCAGGUCAUUGUCAUCGUCGGGUACACCUGUCUCGGAAUGCAGGUAACGAGUUUGCCGAGCAUAGCAUCAACCUAUGCCGUUGACAGCUACAAACCAGCUACAGGUGCUAUUUUUGUCGCAAUUACUAUCAAUAAGAAUGUGUGGGGCUAUGGGUUUGGCAAGUUUAUCACACCCUGGACGCUCGAGAUUGGUUAUCUCACGCCUAUCAUGACACUCAUGACCUUGAUUACAUUCUUCUUUCUCGACUAA